AUGGCAACUGUGUCGAUACAGCAAGGAAAAUUGAAAGGUGGAAAAUCACAAAACGAUAAUGGAUUUCAAUACUACGAGUUCUUGGGUAUACCAUAUGCAAAGCCACCUGUAAGAGAAUUAAGAUUUAAGAGUCCCCAAUCACCAGAAGCAUGGGAAGGCGAAAGAGAUGCCACAGUUGCCAACAAAGAGAAUACAGCAAUGCAAAUGGAUAUGAUUGGUGGUAAAGUUACGGGAAGCGAAGACUGUCUUUAUCUUAAUGUCUAUACCCCAAUUCUGCCCCAUGAAAAAUCUAAGCUGCUCCCUGUGAUGGUGUAUAUACAUGGCGGCGGAUUUGUAUUUGGAAAUGGAAUAUUGAAAAGUGAAAUUGGUCCAAAUUUCCUUAUUGAACACAAUACAGUAAUAGUUACAAUUAACUACAGGCUAUCCGUCUUAGGAUUCUUGUCGUUAGAUAUCCCGGAAGCAGCAGGUAAUAUGGGCCUUAAAGAUCAGGUUAAAGCUCUUCAAUGGGUUCAAAACAACAUAUGUUAUUUUGGUGGCGACAGAGAUAACGUUACUAUAUUCGGUGUUAGUGCUGGUGCUGCAUCUGUGGAAUACCUAAUUGUUUCACCAAUGGCAAAAGGACUUUUUCAUAAGGCUAUCCUUCAGUCUGGUUCUUGUCUUAACCACUGGACAGUUAACUACGAAAUCAAAAAUUUUGCAUAUCAACUCGCUGAAAAGUUAGGCUUUAAGGGAUCCAAAGAUGAUAAUGUUGCUAUUCACAAUUUUUUACUAAAUACGCCCGGAAACGAUUUAGUCGUUACAGCUUUUCAAGUCUCCGAAGAAUAUAGGGCGAAAAGACUUUUCUUUGGAUUUGUUCCAACGAUCGAAAAGGAUUUCAAUAAUGGAGAGGCUUUCCUAACUGAAAAACCUUACCGUUUAUUAAAACAAGGAAAAUUUAAUCAUGUACCCGUUAUUAAAGGUUUCUGCGAUAAAGAAGGUUACUUAAUGAAUAUGAUGAAGCCGAAAGUAAUCUUAAAUGUUUUGGAAAAACGGAAUUUUCUUGAAUCUUGGUCUUUUAGUUUAGAUACAGAUGAUAAUACCAAAUACAGCGCAAAGCUCUUACAAGCCUAUUCAGAGAACACUCAACCUGAAGAUGACCAAGAUAAGCUCGCCGUAGACUUUUUUAGCGACCUUGAAUUUGUAUCAGGUAUUUGGGUGUCCGGAAAAUUAAUGGCUCAAAGAGGUGUGCCCGUACGUCUUUAUGAGUUUUCAUAUGAUGGAAAACUCAACCUUUUUAAGCUCUCUUUUGGUAUCAUGAGAAAAGGUGCAGCCCAUGGCGACGACAGAGGUUAUGUUUUAAGCAGAGAAAUAACGCACAAAGCAAAUGAGGAUGAUCUUAUAGUAAGAAACACUAUGAGCAAAAUGUGGACAAACUUUGCUAAAUUUAGUUCCCCUACCCCUGAUGGAAAUCUGGAUAAUUUAGUAGAAUGGCCUUUAUUUACGGAAAAGGAUCCAGUUUACUUGAGUAUUAACAAGGAAAUCAAAGUGAAAAGCAACUACAAACCAAAUAAAAUGGCAAUUUUCGAAGAAAUCUAUGAAAAAUAUGAGAAAUAA